UUUUUCUUUUCCUUUCUCCAAACUACAAACGGAUAAGUGAUAACUCAAUUUUGUCUCAGAUUAUGGAAACCAUAUCAGAAAUUGAAACUUUUGGCUGCACACAUUAUAGAAGGAGAUGCAAGAUCAUAGCACCAUGUUGUAAUCAAGUUUUUGGCUGUAGGCACUGCCACAAUGAAGCUAAGAACUCAAAUGAGAUUAACCUUGUUGAUCGUCAUGAUAUCCCGCGGCAUGAAGUUAAAAAGGUUAUAUGCUCCUUAUGUGACACAGAACAAGAUGUUCAACAAUACUGUAUAAAUUGUGGAGUUUGUAUGGGAGAGUACUUUUGUGGUACAUGCAAAUUUUUUGAUGAUGAUAUUUCAAAGCAACAAUUCCACUGUGAUGAAUGUGGCAUCUGCAGAACUGGUGGCAAGGAUAACUUUUUCCAUUGCAAAAGAUGUGGAUGUUGCUAUUCCAAGGAAAUCAAAGAGGGACAUCAUUGUGUAGAAAGAGCAAUGCAUCAUAAUUGUCCUAUUUGCUUUGAGUAUUUAUUUGACACAUUAAGAGAAACUAGCGUCUUACCUUGUGGCCAUACUAUACAUUUUGAGUGUGUUAAAGAGAUGGAAAAACAUCACAGGUACUCAUGUCCUGUUUGCUCAAAAUCCAUAUGUGAUAUGUCAAGUGUGUGGAAGAAACUUGAUCAAGUGAUUUCCUCAAUUCCAAUGCCUGAAUCAUACAAAAAUAAGAAGGUAUGGAUACUUUGCAAUGAUUGUGGUGUAAACUCUCAUGUGCAAUUCCACAUUGUGGCACAUAAGUGUUUAAGUUGCAACUCAUACAACACAAGGCAAUUACAAGGAAUACCUUCUAGCAGCUCAAUGUCUUCUAGGGUGACAGAGAUGGUUAAUUAGAUUAGAAUUUAAUUAGUUGCAUAAAUAGUCAAGCUCCAAAUUUUGUCAAUGGAAUUCUAUUUCUUUUGUGCAGUGUUAUUCUUCUUUAGUGAUUCUUUCUUCUGUCUUUUGCAUUAUUGUCUUCCAAAGGAAUCAAGGUUCGAAAUUAUAUAUUGGUUAUGUAUCAUUAGACACUUUGAUGCAUAGGUACAGGUACGGUACCCUUACUCGGUACUUGGUUAUACAUUGGUUAUAUAUUGAAAAUAAUGUUAUUCGAAGCA